UCCGCUACAUCAUCGAUCCUCGUGGUGGCUGUAUGACGUUUGCGAUGGACAACAAACAAUCUGACGCCAGAUUCUGGUACAAUCAAUCUAUCCUAAUCGAUAUGAAAGACCCAAACAGUUUCUUUCAGUUCAAUGACGACUACAAAUAUGUUGGGCAGAGACUUGUAAGGGGGAUAACCUGUGAUGUCUUCAGUACAGUCAUUCCAGACUUCAACGCUGGAGGUCAAAGUGUCAAUGCCACUUUUGAGUAUUACUUCCUUCCGCCGGACUGGAACGACAAUUCAUUGUCUGGACUAGAAGCAGACGACACGGGCUAUCCUGUGCAGCUUGUCAUCUCUGCUGAUACGGUGGGCUACAUUAGGAUACACAAUUUCUUUGACUUUGGGGACUACUUUGUCCAAGCGGAUGCGUUCGAUGUUACUAUGUGCUUUCAACCCAACAAAAAGAUGAAAGUUAGUGUCACAUUUCCAGGAUAUUUUAAUCCUGCUGCAAUGACUCGUUGGAAGCAACAAAUGUACUUUAAAUUGGCAGAAGUUAUGCAAAUUAACCCUUUGAGAAUUGGCGAUAUUUUUGUUGAGUACGACGCUUAUUCUGUAUAUGUCAGUGCCUGGAUUCUUGAUAUAUUUAGCAACGCUCAGUUCCAGCAAGCAGAUCACCUGACUAAAGAGCAUGCUGACGAUAAGGUCAUAUUCCAGGUCUCCUCUCAAGUGAAGUGUGCUGGCCUGUGUAUUGAGAAUCAAGACUUCCAAUGUAAUGCCUUUGAGUUUUGCAUUUAUGACAAGUAUGCCUGUAGAUUACUCAAAGAUCGUAUGCUAACUGCCAAUAACCCAGUAGUACAGAAUGCAACGAACUGUGUUUUUAAAACACGUCCAGUCGAUGGUCCCAUAGUGAAGGAAACGCCAGUAGCCGUGGCCUAUACCAAUCUAGUGGACUCAGUGCGGUCUAAGCAAGUUUUCGUAGCCUUGCCUGAAUCUAAUGGAGAUACAGUUGUGUACACAGCGAUAAAUGUUGAGAUCGUCACAGGUCAGCCAAUUGAAGGAAAAGUUUUACCCACAAUGCCCAAACAAUUUUCCUACAGGAUAGAAACAGUUGUGCCAGAACAAGGAAGAGUAGAUGAAACGUUUGUAAGUUGUAUUCCUUCAAGUAUAGCAUUAUUUCUUUUCUGUGUGUUUUUAAAUGAUGAUGGCCUUGAUCUGCGUUUAGGAUACAACAAAUGUCAGGUUUGGUACGACGCUGAGCUGGACAUUGUCAGAUAUGAUAUCAGAGAUCCUUACGGGGAUAACCCCUACUUGAUGACCUUCAUACACGACUUCAUUAGAGGUCUUUCCUACGAGAUUAACAAAGUCACGGGGAGUUGUAAGAUCAGCGCCCUAGCACCUGGGGCCUUUGAUGUAGUCAACAGCAAGAUAACACGUAACGGAAGUCUCUCAGUCUCUCUUAAGUCUCCGCAGAGUCUGUUUUAUUUAACAAAUACAUAUACCUUCAUUGGACAGCACACUGUCCGAGGUAUUUUAUGUGAUGUGUUUGAAUCAAGCCGAACGGAUUUUAUUCUCGCUAAUCCUAACACUCAGAAGCCGCAGAAAAGUAUCUUCAAAUACUAUUUCCAGACAAGCGAUUGGGAUUACGUAUCUCCUGAUGGUACAGACAUAACACACAGUAAACCAGUCAUGCUUGAGGUGGAAGACACGACGACUGGAUUUUACUUUGCUGUCAACUUCUACGAUUUCAAUGACCAUGGUCAUUCAGUGAACUAUUUUGACACUUCAGCUUGUUACGACACUGACCAAAAGAAAGAAUUUCUCGUUAUUUUUAAAGGACAGCCUUACCAUCCAUAUUUGGACCAAGUCUAUAACACUUUCAUUAACUCUGCUGCAAAUCUCAUGGCUUCGUGGACACAGUUAUCUCCUGUGCAGUUUCAGCAAAUAUCACUGACAUAUGACGAUAUUAAUGAUGUGUACAUGUCUGUCACAGCGCUAGGAAAUGUUCCUCCCAUUGACUUGUUUACACCUGUGAUGACAGUCGGUCUUAACCCUUCAGCUAACUUCAUCCAGGCUGACUUUGUAGAGGACUGCGCUGCAGCUUGCGUCUCUGCAGCCAGUUUUACCUGUAAUAGCUUCGACUACUGUGGCGGCAGCGGCUGCCUGUUAGGGCAGAAACACAGCGAAAGUGAAGGCGACCCUAUAACUACAUCAAAGAUCAACCCCUGCACACAUUACACUAGGACAGAGAAUGGCACAAUGAGAACUCUUGAUGUUGCAAGUGUGUACAAGAUACUCACAGACUACGUAUAUAACAGUAUGUUUCAGAUCACUAUUACACUGCCAGAUAAUACAAACAAGACCUAUACAUCUACUGAUAUCAGAGACGAUCUUGACAUUCCAAAUGAUCCAAGUGAUACUUCAGGCGCCUUGCUCCAAAAGUACUUGGUCUUUCCGAAGAGUAAAUUUUCCGACAAUAUUAUAAACACAACGUUUAACAUGGUCAGUGUAACAGAUUGUGCUGUAUCCUGUGGCCAGGAGAACACAUUUGUGUGUGAAUCGUUUGACUAUAGUUUCACCACUGGCACCUGUCGACUAACAUCCAUACAUCCUGAUGAGCUUAAGACACCAAUGUCAACUGUACUAAAUGUAUCCUCCAAUACUAACGUGUAUUCAAAGCUUUACACCAUGGACUAUACUCGAAACUCUGCUGAAGUCUUUACCACAAAAGCAGACAAGAGACUCCCCAAUGUCAACAGUAAUGAGAUGUGUGCCCGGGCCUGCACCACCAACCCAGACUUCAGAUGUGAGUCGUUCGAGAUCUGUGACGACGGUUACUGCAACUUAAGAAAGACUCACCUGAUUCAAGCCAAACCUUCAGACUUGACUAAUGCUACUGGCUGCACGCAUUACUCACGCAACCAUCUCUAUGACUAUGUCGAGAGAGAUUACAAGACUCUCAAUUCAUUUGGAGACUCGUCAACUUCCUCACAUUCAGUGCCUGUAGAGAGUGCCCAGGAAUGCGCCAAUCUGUGCUCAGUAGGAGAACUCUUGCCAUCCUGCGCCAGCUUUGUGACCUGUGGUAUAGACAGAGGCAGCAUCGAGUGUACAGUCACAACAGCUGAUCCUACAGUGUCCAAGGAUAUAGGAAUAAUAAGUGAUGAACAUUGUAACCUCUACACACGUAAGUCUAUUUUAGUGGUGACACAAAUAAAUAUGCUGACCAGAAGAACAAUUGUAGGUUUCACAGGAGAAAACUUUCCUGCCAAUCCAACGCUACGAGCGUCGCCCACUGUCUCUCAGAAAGUCUAUGGCAAAAAGUGUUCUGAAACAAACAGAAGCAACAACACAGGUGUCCGAGUGGGACUAGCCGUUGGUACUUUGUUACUUGGACUCAUUGUUGGUGGGCUGUCGACAUUCAUAGUUAUGAAAUUCAAAUUUAGAAGGAACAUUCCAGAAGAUUCACAAAUUCUAACCCCAUUAGGGGACUGAUCAUCAUAUAAAGAGUUCUUAUGUGGCUUUUGAAAAAAUAUGCAAAUAGGAAUUUAAAUUAAAAUUAUAACAAAACGGCAUUCUAAAAGGAAGAAGCAAGCUAUAGCUUUUUAAAAGCACCAUAUAUUCAGGCAAAUGUAUAUAUCUAUUUAUUAAAAAGACGAAUAUAAAUAAUACUAAAACUCUAAAAAGCUAUCAAUGUCUACUUUCAAUGUCUAAUCAUUGUUAUUUGAAUAUUCUGUUUUAUACAUAUGUUAUGGAGUGUUUGUGUGUGUGUGUGUGUGUGUCCAUGGUAACGAUGGAUUGAGGUUAGCGAUUGGUAGGUGGCUAUGAAGUGUGCAAGAUUAGCUGCACUGACGUAAGCUGUCUUACGUAGGCCAGGCGAGUUCAGAAUGCCAGAGUGAAAUGACGUGUUUUUGUAGUAAAUUAGAUUUUGUUGAAAAUCCCAUUUAAAAUUACUAAGAAAGUCUUCUACAUUUAUUUCAUGCCAUCUCAAGUUAAUACAAUAUAUAUAUAAUAGUGUUCACCAAAGAAGAUAUUCAUU